AUGUCUGUGUGUGUUUCGAGUGCCGGUGUUACCCUCGGUGUGGACGCGAUGUCCCUGUCCCAGAUGACACUGCCGUCCGCAAUGAUGCUUCCCCUGGCACACUCUACACUGGGCGGCGGCACCCACACGCUGCUGGGUCAACCGAUGGCGAACGGGAUCGGAAUCGGGAUCCCGGGAGGUUCGACUGUGGCGGCCAUACUCGAUGGCAGCAGUCCAUCGCUGGGAUCAUCGAACGGAAUGCAUAACAACAGCAGCGCCAGCAACGGACACGGCUCUAGCAACAGUCUCACGGCUCACGGCGCGUCAGGACGCCCAGGUGUGGCCGGGGCCGGGGAGCUCGGGGAUCAUCAUCCAAAUCCCGAAAUGCUAUUGGCACUGAUAGCACGUAACAAGGCCCUCGAAGCGACGAUCCCAAAGUGUGGCGGCUGCCACGAGCUCAUCCUAGACCGCUUCAUACUGAAGGUGUCCGAUCGGACGUGGCACGCCAAGUGUUUGCAGUGCAGCGAGUGUCGGGUGCAGCUGAACGAGAAGUGUUUCGCCCGCAAUGGGCAGCUGUUUUGCAAGGACGACUUCUUCAAGCGCUACGGAACGAAAUGUGCUGCCUGUGAUCUGGGCAUUCCGCCAACGCAAGUCGUCCGCCGGGCACAGGACAACGUCUAUCAUCUGCAGUGCUUCCUGUGUUCCAUGUGCUCCCGGCAGCUGAACACGGGCGACGAGUACUACCUGAUGGAGGACUGUAAACUCAUCUGCAAGCCCGAUUACGAGGCAGCCAAGGCGAAAGGGCUCUACCUUUCCGAUGGUUCACUCGACGGAGAAUCGUCCAAUAAGCGGCCACGGACCACCAUAACCGCCAAACAGCUGGAAACGCUGAAAAGCGCCUACAAUAGCAGUCCGAAACCCGCUCGUCAUGUACGGGAACAGUUGUCCCAGGACACCGGUCUCGAUAUGCGUGUGGUGCAGGUUUGGUUUCAAAACAGACGAGCGAAAGAGAAAAGACUCAAGAAGGACGCAGGACGGACGCGAUGGAGUCAGUACUUCCGGUCGAUGAAGGGAACUUCGUCGCCUCCCGAUAAGCUGCUCGACAAGGACGAGCUCAAGAUUGACCUCGACAGCUUCAGCCAUCACGACCUUAGUAACGAUAGCUACAGUACGUCCAAUAUGGGUCUGGAAGAUGGGGCCUCUCCGCACAGUGCCCGAGGGUCCUACAUCCACGGCAACGGGAGUCCUCCGCCGUACCUCUCUAGCCACUCGCCUCCGCCCAUGGGACCCGGCCACCCGUACGGAUCCUACCCGGACAAUAUCGUCUACACGCCACUAGGUCAACCCCUAAGCUCACUGCACCCUGGAGCUCGCCCCCCUGGGCUGCACGGUAGCGCAGUGUCCGACCUCAGCAACGAUUCUAGUCCCGCGACCGGCUAUCCGGACUUUCCGCCGAGUCCCGACUCCUGGCUCGGCGACUGUCCACCGCAGACGCAACUUCCUUCCGGCGCAGCAGGCACCACGGGCACCGGCGGCAGCACCGGCACUCCGGUGACACCGGCCCCAACCCAACAAUCUCAGCCGCCGCCGAUCGGCGCACAGCAGAACGGCACCUCCGGAUUGCACUACGGGUCGCACUAA